UAACAAUCAAUUAAAUAAUAAUGUGUAAUUGUGCAAUCAACGGUGUGGAAUCGGCGGAGGCGGAGGUGGAGGUGGAUUCCACUUCAUAGAGGCGAGAGGCGAGAGGCGAGGCGCGCACGGAAUUCUUGAACGAGAUCUACCGCGGCACCGGACUUGCAUUGCCAACUCUUAUUUUCUCUCUCUUUCCUUCAUCCAGCGGCGUCCACAACCUCUGUUUUCUUCAUCAUUCCUUUUCCAUCUGGUGAUUGAGAUCCAUCCGAAGCACUUCAUCAUCUCGAUCUCUCUCGCGAUUGGAAUUCAUCUACUGAAUGCCAUCUUUGGAACCCGCCAUUAGUUCAUGAUUCUAAGACUUUGAGCAUGGACUCCCAGCCUUCCCAAUCGGGAAGGUCCCCGACCGAAUAUUCCAGCCUUCUCAGUAGAGAAACGACUCUUGGUCGAACUACUUCAUCCUCCUCGCCUAAAUCCAACCCCGAUGCCAGCAGCCAGAGCUUGUCUUCAAUUCUCAACAACCCUCACGCUGGCAAGUCCGAUGCGUCCUGGGUUGGCUGGUGGUCCUCUUCGUCCACCGUCACCCCACCUGAGUUUAUUCCCCUCACAUCCUCCACAGCCUCAUCCGAAGUUACUCGAUUCGAUUUUAACAACUACACGGCCUUGAUCUCCGAUUCUUAUAACCGAUUCGAGGACAUACGAAACCAUUCCAGCAAAGAGAACGGUGGCUUGGAUAGCAUUGGGGGCCAGGGGGAAGCCCUUGUGGCAUGUUUGAGAGAGGUUCCGGCGCUUUACUUUAAGGAAGAUUUCGCAUUGGAGGACGGGGCGACAUUCCGUGCAGCGUGCCCCUUCUUGAAUGUAUCGCAGAAUUUAGUGCUGCAAGAGAAGCUUUCGCAUUAUUUAGAUGUCGUGGAGUUGCAUUUGGUCAAGGAAAUUUCACUGCGUUCCAAUUCUUUCUUCGAGGCUCAGGGGCAGCUACAAGACUUAAAUGUGAAGAUUGUGGAGGGAUGUAGCCGGCUACGGCAAUUAAAGGAGACCAUACGGCUCUUGGAUGUUGAUUUAGUGGACUCUGCCAGGCAAAUUCAGGAGCAGAAUGCGACCAGGAACAAUUUGUUGGCUCUUCAGCAGAAAUUGAAGCUUAUUUUAUAUGUUAAUCAGGCCAUUUCAGCUCUUAAAUUGCUUGUAGCAUCGGCAGAUUGUGCUGGAGCCUUGGAUGUGACCGAUGAUUUAUUACAUCUUCUGGAGGGUGAUGAACUUGCCGGUCUACAUUGCUUUCGCCACCUCCGUGAUCAUGUGGCAGCAUCACUCGAAUCCAUAACCAGCAUUCUUUCAGCAGAAUUUAUGCGUGCCUCAAUUCAUGAUGCUGGAGAUGUUGAUCUCGUAAUUAUAUCUGAAACAAAAGCAAGCAUUUCAAAUUUAAUGAAUGGAAAGGAUGAAGUCAAGUUAACAUGUAUCUUGGAUGAGGAAGAAACCUCCAACUUUCGUGAUCGUCUUCUUCCUAUUAUCAUUGGAUUGCUUAGGACCGCCAAGCUUCCCUCUGUGUUGAGGUUAUAUCGUGAUGCAGUUACAGUUGAUAUGAAAACUGCUAUUAAGAAUGCAGUGGCAGAAUUACUUCCCGUUCUUCUAGUCAGACCUCUAGACUCAGAUUUUGCACCGGGAGAGAGAACGAAGGAUACAGAUGGUGGAGCAUCACUCGCAAGCAAGCUGAGGGGCCUGUCAUCUGAAGGUUUUGUUCAACUUUUAAAUGCCAUUUUCAAGAUUGUACAGGUACAUUUGGUGCGUGCUGCAGAAGUGAAAAAGUCUAUCGAAUGGAUUAUGUGCAACCUUGAUGGCCAUUAUGCUGCGGAUUCAGUUGCUGCUGCAAUUGCUACAGGUGCUGCAGCUUCUGGUACAGCUCAAGAUAGUGAUAACCAAGGUGGUUUGCCUCUUCCUCAUGUACCUCAGGGUGCUGCCAAGGUUACUUCCUUACAGGGAAAAGCAAAUGAUGCGGCAAAUCCUUCAAACAUGUCUAGAAAUUUCAGGGCUGAUGUACUGCGAGAAAAUACGGAAGCUGUCUUUGCAGCUUGUGAUGCUGCUCAUGGAAGAUGGGCUAAACUUCUUGGUGUUCGCAUUCUAGUUCACCCAAAGCUGAGGUUGCAGGAGUUUUUAAGCAUAUACAACAUUACACAAGAUUUUAUAACGGCCACUGAAAAGAUUGGUGGAAGGUUGGGAUAUAGCAUUCGUGGAACUUUGCAGUCCCAGGCCAAAGCUUUCGUUGAUUUUCAGCAUGAAUUUCGUAUGACAAAAAUAAAAGCAGUGCUUGAUGUUGAAACAUGGGUUGAAGUGGAUGUUCCCGAUGAAUUUCAAACCAUAGCUGAAUCACUAUGUUUUCAUGAGCUGCUUUCUGCAAAACUUGAUGAUGCUCAGGGUAAUAUGGAGCAAAGCUACAGUGAUGUAGCUACAAAUAAUGAAGAUGCACGCAUUAUAGGUGGUGUCAAUGCUCAACAGCACUCUGAACAGGUUGAUUCAAGUGACAUUUCUGGGAGGAAUACUGAACAUGUGAAGCCUACUCCUGCAGAUACAAUUGAAAAUAGUAAAGCUGAUGUUGCAAUUCCAGCCACACAAAAUAUCAAUACACAUGUGAAGGAACGUGGAAAAUCAAGUUCUCUGACUUUGCAAUACAAAGGCGUUGGUUAUCACAUGGUUAACUGUGGGUUGAUCUUGCUCAAGAUGUUGUCUGAGUACGUUGACAUGAAUGAUUCUUUGCCAGCACUAUCUUCUGAAAUCGUUCAUCGUGUUGUGGAAAUUCUCAAGUUUUUCAAUACAAGGACUUGUCAACUUGUUCUUGGAGCUGGUGCUAUGCAGGUGUCUGGUUUGAAGUCCAUCACAUCCAAACACUUGGCUCUUGCCAGUCAAGUUAUCAGUUUCACCUUCGCCAUUAUUCCUGAAAUGAGAAGAAUCCUUUUUCUCAAGGUACCUGAGACACGAAAGACAUUAUUGCUCUCAGAGAUUGAUCGAGUGGCUCAAGAUUACAAAGUUCACCGAGAUGAAAUUCAUACUAAGCUGGUCCAGAUAAUGAGGGAAAGGUUAUUAGUACAUCUACGUGGCCUGCCGCAAAUUGUUGAAAGUUGGAAUAGACUCGAGGAUGCUGACACUCAGCCCAGUCAGUUUGCUCGAUCCCUUACCAAGGAAGUUGGAUACCUUCAGCGUGUUUUAUCUCGAACCUUACAUGAGGCUGAUGUUAAGGCAAUAUUUAGGCAAGUGGUCAAAAUCUUCCAUUUACAAAUUUCUGAGGCAUUUUCACGGUUAGAUAUAAGCACCCCUCAAGCAAAAGACAGGUUGCUUCGGGAUGUUAAGCACAUUCUUGGCUGCAUAAGAUCUUUGCCUUGUGAUGAUUCGAGUAAACCUGACAUCCCAAACUGGGGGCAACUUGAUGAAUUCUUGGACCAGAGACUUGGAUCUGAAGCUGGAUAAUGAUGUGAAUGUGUAUUUGCCAUUGUUUGCUUUUUUGAUGAAGGGGGUCAUAUUUGAGGAGUAAAUAACAGGAUAUCAGAAGUCAAUUUUCAACCUAUGUCAUCUCCCUUGUACACCUAAAAAUCAAGGUUUUGCGAUUCUCAUGGACAGGCGUGAAGUACAGUUUGGGAUUCAGAUAUUUCAACGAAGUUGGGCCUUGCCCUGUUUGCUGAAACACAUAACAUAUUAUAUGUUGUAUUGGCUAGGCCAACGCUUUUUGCUGCCCUAAUUGUAGUUAUGUUUAGAGAAAGAACAGAUCAAUUUGUUUACUCGAAUAGAUUUUAGUUCCUUGCUUUCUUUUCUUUUCCCCCUUCAAUUCCAAUGGCCUUUCGUACAGUUUCGCAUGUUUGUACCUUGUAGAGCUAAAUUUGUCAUUAUUGCCUAUAAAUAAUUUUGCUUACCGCUGGC